UCGAUCGCUUGUCGGGAGCAGACCAGGAACCUGCUUGAUCUUAUAACCGUAUAAUAGUGGAACCGUAGAGUUACAAAAAAAUGAACACCAAACUGUGCAUCGUCCUUUUGGCCAUCGGGCUGACCCAGGCCAUCGCCGUGCCGACUCCUACUUUGCUAUAUCCGCAGACAAACUUUAUUCAAUAUCUGCAAGCCCGCGACUUGACUAGCAACCCAUCACACUCGAUCGAAUGCAUGAACUACUACAUUCCCAAGAUCAAUGAUGUUGCCAACCAGUUCAAUGAAAAUUUCCUUGCCUGUUACGACGAGGCUAACCUUGAGAUUGCGUCCAUCGACGACAAAACCAGCGAGAACCGCACUCAGAUCAACACAUCUGCCACCGACUCUUGCAAGUUGCUCGAGAGCUGCAGCACCAUCGAAACAUCUGUUGAUUUCUUCUCAUGCUACGCCAGUGCUGGUUCCGAAAACGCCAGGAACAUGUACACCAUCUCUGCCGAUGCUUCCGAGCUGCAGGCUUACGUGGUGGAGCAGAUUCGCCUGAUCGAAGUGAAUAAGUACGUCUGCACCAACAAUUCUGAGCGCGCCUACGUCCAGGACACGGCAGCUGUCUAUGAUCAACUGAACCUUUGCAUUGAAGGAGGCCCACUGCCUUCGGAAACUACUGCUGCUCCUCAGACCACUGCUCCUCCAGAGUCCACUGCUGCUCCUGCCGAGUCUACUGCCGCUCCUGCCGAGUCUACUGCCGCUCCUGCUGAGUCUACUGCCGCUCCUGCCGAGUCUACUGCCGCUCCUGCCGAGUCUACUGCCGCUCCUGCUGAGUCUACUGCCGCUCCUGCCGAGUCUACUGCCGCUCCUGCCGAGUCUACUGCCGCUCCUGCCGAGUCUACUGCCGCUCCUGCUGAGUCUACUGCCGCUCCUGCCGAGUCUACUGCUGCUCCGGCUGAGUCUACGGCCGCUCCCGCUGAGUCUACUGCCGCUCCUGCCGAGUCCACUGCCGCCCCUGCGGAAUCCACGGCUGCCCCUGCGGAAUCCACGGCUGCCCCUGCGGAAUCCACUGCCGCUCCUGCUGAGUCCACUGCUGCUCCUGGGGACCAGGAAAAAGCACCUGAAGAGGACCUGAGCGAAUUCUCCGGCGUGCAGUCAGGCGAAAGUCAGAACCUCCAGAAGAUUAUUCAGAAUCUGCAAAACUGGCUCAAGAAUCGAUGCAUAAAAAUGAAGUUUGCUUUUGCCCUGUGCCUGGUCUUGGCCACCAGCUGUUUGGCUUUGGUACCAAAGCAUCCGGCUGAUUUGGCCGCCAUGGUGGCUCGCCAGCAGUUCGCCGUCAGGAGCAUGAUGGCCGCCCCCUCGGUUGGGGACAACUCCCAGCUGGCCAACGAUUGCUUCAACAACUACCUCUCCGAUCAGACCAACGUGGUCAUGGGCUACAACAAGCAGUACACCGGCUGCCUGUCCGACGCCGAACAAGCCCGGAACGACCUCACCGAGGAAAGCGCCUCGGAGCGCAACGACCUUCUGGAACGCACCAACAAAAUGUGCACGGAUUUGACGGCCUGCGAAGCUAAUUCCGAUGGCCUGGACUUCUUUGAUUGUUACCGCGAUGCUUCUACCAACAGCUACAAGACCAUGUUCACUCUGAACAGUGAUUCCAACCUGGACUUCAAUCGUGUUAAUGCUGCCUACGCCCAGGUGGAGACCGUCUUGACUGCCUGUGUGGACGAAGCUCGAUUGGAUUAUGCUCACCAGAUGGACAGUUGCGAUGCCAACUUGACUGUGCUCCUACCGCUGCCCCUACCGCUGCCCCAACCGCAGCUCCUACUGCUGCACCCACUGCUGCCCCUACUGCAGCUCCUACCGCUGGACCCACAGCUGCCCCUACUGCAGCUCCUACCGCUGCACCCACUUCUGCCCCUACCGCUGCCCCAACCGCAGCUCCUACUGUUGCACCCACUGCUGCCCCUACUGCUGCCCCUACAGCUGCACCCACAGCUGCACCCACAGCUGCCCCUACCGCUGCUCCCACUGCUGCCCCUACAGCUGCCCCUACUGCAGCUCCUACCGCUGCACCCUCUGCUGCCCCUACCGCUGCACCCACUGCUGAACCCACUGCUGCCCCUACAGCUGCCCCUACCGCAGCUCCUACUGCUGAACCCACUGCUGCCCCUACAGCUGCCCCUACCGCUGCACCCACUGCUACUGCUGCUCCUACCGUUGCUCCCACCGUCGCCCCCACCGAAGCUCCUGAGCGUCCCCCCGAGGAGGACCUUGGACGCUCGCUUCCAGUGGCUCACAAGGGCCGGUGGGAUAAUCGACUACCUGACUCUCUCGCCGGAUCUAAAUAUCGACGAGUGUCAUGAGGAGUUCACUGAGGCAAGUGCCAAUGCCUCGCUGGCCUACUCAGAUGCCUUCGAAAUAUGCGAACUAAACGCCAAUGAGACAACCAUCAAUCUGGAGGUGGAUGUGGAGCUGGAACGACUACAGAUCGAACUGGGAUCCAGUGCUGUGUGCGGAAAUCUGCGAAUUUGCGAUACAUUAGAUGAUGAUCUGCAAUAUUUUCAGUGCAUAAGUGAGAAUGGAAGUCGUAAUCUGGAAAUUUUAACUGAAAUUAAUUACAAUGCGACAAGUGCAUAUACUCGUCUUCGCGAAGAUUACGAUGCACUGCAUCGCACUUUUCUACUGUGCAGCCUGGAGGCUCAGAAAAACUAUAUGGAGGCUUUGAAAAAGGCACACAAUGAACUUACAGAGUGUCGUUUGGAAAUCGAUGAAUUUAUAGACAUUUGGCACUGCUUUCUGCCAGCGACAGUUCACAUCCGACCGCCGACCAAAAGACAAAAUACCGCCAUUAUGAAACUUCUGUGUAGUGUCCUGAUCCUCGCCAGCUUUCUGGCUGCUCAAGCCAAGCCCAAUGUACAGUUGCAACUGCAGAGUGCAUUGGACAAGUAUCUGGUGCAUGCCCGCGACCUUGACACCAUCGUCGCCCCGGAUGUGACCAGCCAGUGCUUCAGUCUCUAUCUGCCCAUGCUGAACGAGGUGGCCGCCACCUUCUCCAGCUCGUACCAGGGUUGCAUCAGCACCGCGAACGCCCAGAUCGCCAACCUGACAGCCGAGGCCACCACGCAGCAGAAGGAAUACCAGCAGGAAGUGUCCACCCUGUGCGGUGCUUUUGCCACUUGUGACAAGGACAAUGACACCACCACUUUCUUCAACUGCUACGCCAGUGCGGCUGAGGGUGAUGUAUCCACCAUCUAUGAUAUCGCAACCAACGCCGCUAGCUCGGCCAGCAGUCUGAGCAUGGGCAUCAAGGCCAUUCAGGACACCGAGUACCAGUGCACCAACACGACCGAGAGCAACUACGUCCGCGACACUGCCGCUACCUACGAUCUGCUGGACAGCUGCCUCAAGUACGGCGUACCCACCACCUCCGCUGCCACGACUGUCGCCCCGACUCUCGCCCCCUCCACUUCUAGGCCCGCCGCUAGCACGAGCGGGGCUGUUGGCACUAGUGAUGCUCCGACAACUGCUGCUGUGACCACAGGCCGUCCCGGAACACCAGCGUCCGUCACUACCCCCGCUGCCGGAACUCCGGCUCCUUAAGUCUUGCUUCCAGCAAUUCCAAACAAUAAAUGAGCAUUCAAAAAUA